AUGGGUUGCGAACACGAGCAACUAUGGCCGCCUGGUGAUGCACAAACUCCAGAACUAGAGCUUCCAGGUGCAGGUCUACCACCUCCAACUCGUCCUCCACCACAGACAUCGCCUCCACCACUGCCAUCGCCUCCAACGCCGCCACCAUCACAACAGCGUGAGGUUCAACGGCCUUCUAAAACACCACCGCCAUGUGUCAUUCAGAACUCACCCAGCAGGCAUAGUCAAAAAAUGUCCGAGGAAGAAUCAAGCGAAGCAAGGUUAGUUGUGUACGUUAUUGGAGUUUUGACAAAUUGCUGA